AUGUCGUUACAAAGCGGCAUUGUGAUGACUUCAUCGGCCAUAAAGACAUUGUCGCGAUGUAACGGCCUCCUUUGGCCAAGAGCCACCGAAUCAGCUCUGAUCGCAUGCGCCACAGAAGAAGGAAUCAAAGCUAUGGAUCCUGUCGAUGAGGAUGGUAUGCAUCUAUUCCACGACAAGGAUCUCAAGACUUUGAUACCUGAAGCCUACCAGGCUAAACAUAACCACGGGGGCAAAGUUGUUCUUGGCUGUUGCUCGGACCAUGCAAUAUCAUUUGGACAGCUCAGUUACAAGGAUAUCAGACUUGCUGAUUUUGCAUCAGUACAUUGGAAAGUCUUUGGACUGGGCGGAGUAGAAGAAGUGAAUGCGAGCUACGCCAUUGACCCGAAUACUUUC